AUGGAACUGUUAACCAUCAUUGCUACUUGUUUUAUACUUAUUUCUUUUAUAUUUGCGCCUUGUGCUUCAGAUCAAUCAAAAGUGAAGAAGUCUAUCGAAAAAGCCCAUGAUACAGCCCAGCUUAAUCUUCUUCCGUCGCAGCAGCAGAAGCUCAAACUCAAGGAAGAAGGAAUUGUGAAAAGUGUAGAAAAGAGAGAUUUUGGGCCAUACAAGAGGAACAUGGAAGGUUCAUCAGGUAACAAACUAUAUCAAAAAGAGAAAAAUUUGAUGCAUCCAGGAACAGUAAAAUGGAAAGAACCUACUGAUCAUCAAGAAGCCAAGAAAUCCGAAUACUUUACAAUGGAUUACGGUUGGGUUAGACGACGUCGUCCCAUACACAACAAACAUGUCCCAGUUGGUCCAUGA